CAGCCCUUAAUUUUCCCUGCGGUGAUGAAAAUCUUCCUUUCCCUCUCGGAAGCUUAGAAGGAGUAAACAUGCCGCCUGUAAAACAGUAUGCGAAAUCCAUAACUGCUGUGGCAGUAGCAAAUGAAAAUGGUCACAUCGUUGUAUUCCUAGGGACCUCGAAUGGCGAAGUCAUUAAGAUUUUUAUGCAAGAUACAGCCAAAGAGUAUACAACUGUUCAGGUUUGGAACAACGAGCCUGUUACAGGUGAUCUUAUCUUUGGUGCCAAAGAAGAACGGUUAUAUGUUAUGUCAACAAACAAGGUAACUUACAUUCAUGUUCAAACAUGUGGAGACUUUAGGAAUUGCCAAUCUUGUGUGACAUCAGGAGACCCUUAUUGUGGUUGGUGUGUAGCAAAAAGAAAGUGUAGCAGGAAGUCUGUAUGUGAAAGAGCCGAGGAGGAAGGCCACUGGUUGUGGAGCCCUAACAAUUCCUGUGUCACUACUGUUACCGCUGAGCCUGAAUUAACGACUGUAUCACAAGGUUACGUUUGCAAAGCUUGAUCCAACCGUAGCAGUUUUAACAGAGACCUGAAACCUCAAUCAAGAUUUGCGAAUAGAUGUAGUCUGAAACUAUGUAUUACUGGCAAUACAUUUACACAAAAAGGAUUCAUCGUCCAGCCCAGAUUGUUGACCAGUCUUACUGCUUGCUUUGUUUUGUACUUCUAUGACGUUAUAAAUAUACUGAACAUUUAAUUUUGUCUGUUAAACCAAACUAUUUUAAGAACAGCAAAAUGAAAUGCAAACAAGUCGCUAUCAUGUUUAUAUAGUCUGCUGCAAGCUACAUUUAAUAUAUAAUUAUUAUCUUAGGAAGUUUUCCAGUUAUUUUUAAUAGAGCAUGAGCUUCACUUUUAUAUGUCUGUAGUUUAUCUGUUUUACGUAUGAAGAAGAUCAAAAAACAGCACUCUGUUCUACUAUGGCUAAACCUUUUAAGUUCAACUCAUUCAUCAAGUGACAAUUUGAAUACUGUAAGAUUGUUAACCCUUCUGACUUUAAGCAGUACUUUGUUCCAAAGUUAUGGGAUCAACACACUGCUAAAUCAGUCUCUAUAUAUUGCAUUAUUUAUAGAUAUAAUAUAUACAAGAGCAUGAUGUCUUGUAUUUCUGAUGCUAACAAUAAAUUCUACACUCAGUACAGAUGUAAUGAUUCAUCCUUCAGAGGCCUGAAAUAAGACAUAAAUUUCCUGCUGAUGCGACAGUAAUUGAUAAUAAACAAGUUCACUUUUCUUAA